CAAGAGAGGACAGGUUAUACACCCUGGCUUGCCGAAGAAGGAGGGGAAGAGAACGGAUCGUGUCGCCAGGCGGCGUUGCGGUCGCAUUCCACUCCGUGCACCGAACAGCUCCGUCGAGAGCUGCCACUAUUUUCCUGGAUUCCAUUCGGUAUACAUCGUUUGCGUUUAAUCGUUUCGCACCACGGAGGGAUUGAUCAACCAACGCGUAUACCGUAACCGUGCCCCGGAAUAUUUUCAAAACGUUUGCGUAUCAGUUUGUUUCGGUUUCGUGAUUUGUGCAAAUAUAUCAGCAGUUUUGUGCAGUGAUUGGCUAAAUAAGUGCAAAACCAAAUGGUUGUCCUCGAGGAAGGCGGUAUGCUGACUACUGGACACAAUCAAUAUCUACAACCGGAUUAUCUUUCUCCGCUUCCAACCACGUUGGAUGCGAAGAAGAGUCCUUUAGCUUUAUUGGCCCAAACAUGCAGUCAAAUAGGCGCCGAUUCUCCGACAAAGCCUUUGAUUUCCCCGCUGGAUAAAACGCCAAAAGGCAUGAAUACCGGUACAAACGCAAAAUCUCCACCAGCCGCGAAGUUGGAACGGAGUACACGCAGCAGCCCGUCGGACGGGAAGUCGUUGGCCUUCAAGCCGUACGAAACUAACGUUGUCUCGAAAAAGUCUAGCGACGACAGUAGACCCGCGUCGAAAGCAAGUGUUCACAGUGUCAGUGGUCAAGAGAGUGUGAGUGUAAGUGAUACGGCAAAUCAUGCCGAGAAGAAAUCGUCGGGAAAUCGCACGCCCGUCGGGCGAAAGUCGGCUUCGCCCGCGAGUCAAGCGACGGCGACGGCGACGGCAAGCACUACGCCAUCUACUGAUCGGAAAACGCCGGCGGAUCGAGAAAAGACUGACGGAUCACCGCGUAACAACAACGGAACCAGCCCGAUUAUCCGAUCCGGCAUGGAGAUUCUUUCCGGCGGUCACGCGAAAGACUCGAACUUGGGUGCAUACAAGCCUAGUCUUCCCGGAUUUUCCGGAAACCCGCUAUGCUGCCCGCCCGGUCUGGCCGAGAAUCCAGCGUUUCGACCGCCAUUUGCCGGCGCGUCUCCUUUCUCGCAUCAUCACGCUGCCGCGGCAGCUCUUUUGGGUUAUCCGUCGAGCACACCGACAGGUGGAAAUCCGUACUUGAGUUACGCUCGCGUGAAGACACCGGCCGGUGGAGAGGCCUUGGUGCCAGUUUGCAAGGAUCCGUAUUGCAGCGGCUGCCAAUAUAGCAUGCACAGCGCGCAACUCAUGAUGAGUACCGGAACAUGUCCCAGCGGAUGCACGCAGUGCGAUCAUCAGAAGUACAGUUUGGCGAUGGCGUUAUCGUCGUUUGGUCCCAUGGCACCUCCGUCGCUUUCCUACCCGUCCACGUUAACCGGUAGUAGGCCGUACGUGUGUAAUUGGAUCGCUGGCGAUUCUUACUGCGGAAAGAGAUUUACCACGUCGGAAGAGAUGCUGCAGCAUCUCCGCAGCCACACCAGUUUAACCGGUGGCGAUCACGCGUCGUCCUCGGCCGCUUUGCUCAGCAAUCCGCACCCGCAUCCACUGCUCUCGCCGUCGGCAGCUUUACAUCGCGCGAGCGGCGGUACUUACCCGACGCCAUCUCUCAGCCCGUUGAGCGCUAGAUAUCAUCCGUACGGGAAACCACCGACGGGACCUCUUCCAGCCUCGCUCGCCGCGUCGCCUUACAGCGCUUUCAACGCAUUAGGACCUUAUUAUUCACCGUACGCGAUCUACGGCCAGCGAAUCGGUGCUGCUGUACAUCCUUAAACUGGAUUUCCGGUGCAAACAUUUUUCAGUGUACAGUCCA